AUAUAAACUCAAAGUAACAUUAUAGCUAAUUAGAGAUACAUGAUGAAGUCAGUAGCAGAAGAAGGAAAUAAUAAUAGUAAACCCCAUGCUGUAUGCAUUCCCUAUCCAAGUCAAGGCCAUAUCAAUGCAAUGCUCAAAUUCGCAAAGCUACUUCACCACAAAGGCUUCUACAUAACCUUUGUCAACACCGAGUUCAACCACAAUCGCUUUCGCAAGAACUCCUCCUCCUUCUCCUCACCUAGCUUCCGGUUCGAGACGAUUCCCGAUGGCCUGCCACCAUCGGAUCAAGAACCGGAUUCAACCCAAGACAUUCCUUCUCUUUGUGAUUCCACUAGAAAGAACUUUUUGGCCCCAUUCCUUGAGCUACUUGACAAACUUGCAAACCAAAGUAAUACUAGUAAUUAUGAUGAGAAUAAUAAUAAUAAUAAUAAGGUCGUUCCUCCUACUCCUAGUGUGACUUGCAUUGUUAAUGAUGGAAUGAUGACAUUUGCUAUAAAGGCUGCUCAUCAACAUCGAGUUCCUGUGGUUCAGUUCUUUACGGUCGCUGCAUGCAGUGUUAUGGGCGUCAGCCAGUACCGCACUUUGCUUGACAAAGGCAUUAUACCACUAAAAGGUGAGAAUGGUCAGACAAAUGAAUUUCUAAACACAAUAAUAGAUUGGGUUCCAGGAAUGAAAGGUCUUCGAUUUCGAGAUCUACCAACAUUUUGUAGGAUCACCGACUCUAAUGAUAUUAUGUUCAAUUGGACUUUGGAAGCUAUCGAGGGAGCUUCAAAAGCUUCGGCUAUUGUUAUUCACACAUUUGAAGCAUUGGAACAACAUGUUUUGGAUUCCCUUUGCCUUUCUUCUUCACUUCCAAAUAUAUAUCCAAUAGGACCUCUCCAACUUCUACUCAAUCACUUUCCGAAAGACCCUUUACACUCUGUUUCAUAUAGUAUUUGGAAGGAAGAAACCGAGUGCAUAAAAUGGCUUAGUACCCAGAAGCCCAACUCAGUGGUCUAUGUCAACUUUGGGAGCAUCGCUGUCUUGACAAAACAACAAGUCGUUGAAAUUGGUUGGGGUCUUGCAAAUAGCAAUCACCCUUUUUUGUGGGUGAUAAGGCCUGACUUGAUUAUAGGUGAAUCAGCCAAUCUCACAUAUGAGUUUGUUGAUCAGACCAAAGAAAGAAGCCUCGUUAUAAAUUGGGCACCACAAGAGGAUGCGUUAAACCACCCCUCAUUGGGUGGCUUUUUAACACAUUGUGGUUGGAAUUCAAUAAUGGAGAGUUUGACUAGUGGGGUCCCUAUGCUUUGUUAUCCUUACUUUGCUGACCAACAAACCAAUUGUUGGUUUGCUUGUAAUGAAUGGGGAGUUGGAUUGGAGAUUGAGAAUGAGGUAAAAAGAGAUCAAGUGACAAUGCUUGUUAAAGAGCUGAUUGAGGGAGAAAAAGGAAAGAGAAUGAAGAGCAAGGCCAUUGAGUGGAAGAAAUUGGCCCGUGAGGCCACUAGUCCUCAUGGGAGCUCAUCUAGAAUGUUGGACAAUUUAGUCAGUCAAGUGCUCUUGCAAUAAAUUGAUUAAAAGAUAAUAUUGCUUGAUAUUUGGUAAUGUUUUUGUUUUUUUUAAUUAAUUUAUGUAACAUUUUAUUGCUAUUGGUGUUAUUUAUUUACAUGAACUUAUUGCAAGAUGUUUUUGUUGUGAAAAAACAUGUAAAAUUUGAGAGUAAAGAAUGGAAAAUAUAGAAUGAAAAUUGA